AUGGCUUCCUACGGCCACCAGAUGCCGCUGCGUCACGCUCCUCAGCAACAGGGCCACGCCGCGCAUUCUGCUGGAGCCGCGGCGCCGGGCCCUAGCUACCGCCCCGGCGGCGGCGGCGGUCCUCCCGCAGGCACAUUCGCGCCGGGAACCAAGAUCCAGGUCGGUAGCCACCGCGUCGUGAUCCAAAAGUACUUGUCCGAGGGCGGCUUCGCCCACGUCUACCUGGUGCGGCUGCCCACGCCCGUCGAGGGCACCGACCUCGCAGUGCUAAAGCGCGUCGCCGUACCUGACAAGGAGAGCCUGCGCGCCAUGCGCACCGAGGUCGAGACUAUGAAGCGCCUCAAGGGCCACCGCCCCAUCGUCGCCUACAUGGACUCGCACGCCUCGGAGCUGCGCGGCGGCGGCUACGAGGUCUUCCUGCUCAUGGAAUUUUGCGACGGCGGCGGCCUCAUCGACUUCAUGAACACCCGCCUGCAGCACCGCCUCACCGAGCCCGAGAUCCUCAACAUCUUUGCAGACAUCGCCGAAGGCGUCGCCUGCAUGCACUACCUUAAGCCCCCGCUGCUGCACCGCGACAUCAAGGUCGAGAACGUGCUCAUCACCACGCGCUCCGGGGGUCGACGGUUCAUGCUCUGCGACUUUGGCUCAGCGGCCCCGCCGCGGCCUGCGCCCACCUCGGUUGUCGAGUGUCGCUUGAUGGACGAGGACGUUCAAAAGCAUACCACCCUCCAGUAUCGAAGUCCCGAAAUGGUCGAUGUCUACCGGAAACAGCCGCUCAACGAGAAGGCGGACAUUUGGGCCCUCGGCGUCUUCCUAUACAAGCUUUGCUAUUAUACCACGCCGUUUGAAGACCAGGGCCAGCUCGCGAUUUUAAAUGCCAGCUAUAAAUUUCCCAGUCACCCCAACUUUUCGGACAAGAUCAAGAGACUCAUUGCUUCCAUGCUCCGAGAGGACUUGAACGUUCGACCAAAUAUCUAUCAAGUGGUGGCCGAGGCCUGUACCAUGCAAGGCCGAAAGAUCCCGAUACCCGAUAUCUACUCUGGUCGUUCCGAAUCAGCUUCGCCCACCAAAACGAGUCGGGAGUCGCACCGCGACGCACCGAAACCUGUAGUUGGCGUGUCUGUAUCCGCGCCGGUCCCGAGCCAAGAGAAGCUACCCGACAUUACACCUAUGCGACGCGGUCGGCCAACACCAUCCCCAGCACCGUCCCAGCAGACAGCAGCAAGUGGUGCCUCGAAACUUGUGACAAAUGGAGAUCCGUUCGCCGCUCUGGAUGGGAAAUCGAGUGCUGUCACUAAUCCAUCCGCGCCUGACGAUAUCUCAGAUCGUUUUCCCAGUCUGGAUCAGUUCUCGCUGCUUCACCACAAAGGCAGCAAGUUUGACUUUGACCCUAAGAGCCCAACAACGGCCAAGCCGACUGUGGCUCCCAAGGUCAACAUGGCCGAUAAGCUAGCGGACUCGGCGUUUGCUGCAUCCAGACAAGCUGCCACCGCCCCGAUAGAAUUAGAACGACCUCACUCUGUCACUCCGGUUGUGAGCAAACCUUCUUCCCAGCCGCCUCUACCUACUCGUUCGACGUCAGUCAAGCCAGCGGCAUCCCAGCCCGUCAAUACUCGGCCCGUGUCUAUUCAACCGCUCCCAGUGUCAACCACCGCGUCUCGUUAUGUAUCAACCGGUACGAUGACUUCUGACUCACCAUCCGAGAGGCAGCAAACCGCCGCCGCCGCCCCCGUUCAGCAAACGCUACAAAAGCCUCUUAUGCGAUCUGCCUCUGUAGCUGUUCGCCCUACACCUCCUACGUCCUCUGUCCAGGCUACCAGACCGCAGGCGCGCCCACGAACGCCCGAAACGCCAAAGUUUGAGAAUGUGCGUGGCUACUCGGAUUUCAAAGCCAGCCGACCACGGCCCGUCAGCACCAACUUUGAUUCGCGGCAGCAAUCCAUACCAGAUCGCAGUAAACCAUCUGUAGCGAAUUCUCAGCACUCGUCGCUUGACCGGUCUGAUCAGUCUCAAAAUCAGGGUCGCGCUCUUGAUGAGCCGAAACAAAGCAGCAAUCGGUCUGAGACCAACGACUUCAACACCCGACCCAACGACAAACCCCGAGAUGGCGCUUUUGGUAGUGCUUUUAGUAAAUUCGAACGAGAUUCGAACACCGCUGGCGAUACGAAGCAGCCCGUGCAGACCUGGACACCGUCCAGGGACCCGAUCAUCCUCGAUAAGAAGGUCGAUGAGAGCAAUGACGAUAACGACGAGGAGCUGACACCAGAAAUGCGCCGCGAGCGUGAACGCCUCCAGCUAGAGGAAGAGGAGCAAAGGGUUGCCGCUGCGCAGUCUGAGUACCGGCAGCGGCUCGCUGGCGCAGCACAGGGGAAGAAACCUGCUCCCGGACCAAAGCCCAGCAGCAUACAGGACAGAGUUCAGGCUUAUAUGGCAGAAGAGCAGACGCAAACAAGUGUGCCACGGACGGCUGAAGGCUACGGAAAAUACGCAGAUGCUGCCACGGCUGCUAGCAAAACCAAGCCUCCGAUCAAACGGAAACCGGUCCUCGACGGCGUCGCCCGGGCCAGUACCAUGCCGCAGGCGGCAGCGGCCGCGCCAAAAUCAGACAUGUCGCCCACUGCAAGCGCUCCGUCGCUCACAGGACUGAACAAGCCGACACCUCGACCGCCGCCGAAGAAGCCCGAGUAUCUGAACAGCAUCCCCACGGGUGCCGCUGCCGGCGGGCGGUCGCUGUCUCCCGUAAAGAGCAGGAUGGAGGACCGGCCAGAGCAGCUGGUGGCGGAAGACUUGCCCGGACAACCCGCCUUGCAGUGGUCUUCGCAGGACAAGGAUGACUAUCUAGAUGACUUCUCAAAGAGGUUUCCUAGCCUGAGCGCUAUCGAAGGAGGCGGUAGUCGCAGAUAG